AUGGGUCCUCAGUGUAUGGGUCCUCAAUGCGUGGGUGCUCAGGUCAUGAGUCCUCAGUGUGUGGGUCAUCAGUGUAUGGGUCCUCAGUGUAUGGGUCCUCAGUGUAUGGGUCAAUACUGCGUGGGUUUUCAGGGCAAGGAUCCUCAGUGUAUAAGUCCACUGUGUAUGGGUUCUCAGUGUAUGAGUCCUCAGUGCAUGGGUCCUCAGUUCGUGGGUCCUCAGGGCAUGGGUUCUGAGGUCAUGAGUCCUCAGUGUGUGGGUGCUCAGUGUAUGGGUCCUCAUUGUACAAAUCUUCUGUGCAUGGGUCCUCAGUGUAUGAGUCCUCAGUGUAUGGGUCCUCAGUGUAUAAGUCCAUAUUGCGUGGGUUUUCAGGGCAAGAAUCCUGAGUGUAUAAGUUCACUGUGUAUGGAUUCUCAGUGUAUGAGUCCUCAGUGUAUGGGUCCUCAGGGCAUGGGUCCUCAGGGCAUAUGUCCUCAGGACAUGGGUCCACGGAGCAUGGGUCCUCAGGGCAUGGGUUCUCAGGGCAUAGGUCCUCAGUGCAUGAGUCCUCAGGACAUGGGUCCUCAGGGCAUUGGUUUUAAAUGUCUGGGUCGUCAGGGCAUGGGCCCUCGGGGCAUGGGUCCUCGGGGCAUGGAUCCUCAGUGUGUAGGUCUUCAGGAUAUGGGCCCUCAGAGCAUCGGUCCUAAGGGCAUGGGUCCUAUAGGUAUGGGUCCUCUGUGUAUGGGUCCUCAGUGUAUGGGUUCUCAGUGCGUGUUGUCCUCAGGGCAUGGGUCCUAUGCGUAUGGGUCCUUACUUUAUGGCUCCUCAAUGUAUGGGUCCUCAGUGAAUGGGUUCUCAGUGCGUGGAUCCUCAGCGCAUGGGUAG